AUGCCAUCUGGACAGUCAGGUCCGUCUAAAGAAACACCCCCGCAUACAGUCCCCACCAUUCGUCUCAUCUCUGCUACGCCAUCUGCGGUUGGUUCAGCAUCUGACGCUAGCACAUCGUUUUCAGCCGUUGCUCCAUUUGCCUCAUCACCCCUUGCUCCUCGCACCGAUGCGCAACCACCACGUAAGCGUAUAGUCCCCAAGAAAUCCAAGCUGGGACUCCUCGGUGGCGGCGGCAAGACCAAGGAGAAGCCAAACAAGGACUUCUCGGAUGUCGUGCGACGCGUUGGUGGAGAGACCGCCUCUACUGGUAGAGGUGGUUUCGAAAUAUAUGUGGAUCAUGCAGAGGACCCAGACUUCGGCGAAAUUGUGGUGGUGAAGAAGAAGAAAUCCAGACUUGCGCUGGACGGCAUGAAAUGGGGUGCGCUCGGCGAAGUCACCAACGUCCCCUCCGUAGCUCAGGAGCAGGGAACGGCGCCGCCCAUCGAGCAUCUACUGAAAGUGAAGGGGGAUGACAGUCAGAAGUGGUGGAGUAUCGGUCGAGGAAGGAAAGAUUCGAAGGGAAAGAACAAGGAGAAUGACAAUCCGUCUAUCCGUUCGAAGACUCCUGAGCCUGUCAAAUCUCUUGACUCGCGUGCCCGUUUCAAUUCUCUCGAUUCUGGCAUAAUGCUGUCCAGCAGUAUCCCUCGGGAAGCACGCUGCGAUAGCAUUUCUUCCUCCCAACUACCCAUUCCUCUUGUUUCACCCAUCGAGACUGCACCUCAGACCGCCAACGGAUUGCUUGCUCCUGAUGCCAAUCCUCCCAUAGGUUCAAUCGCUGUUCGCGCGAUCAAGUCGAUGCGAUCUUUGGCACACAUGGCUAGCUGGGCGCAGCUGACAAACAACGGCGAGAAAGAGCCCGAACCCUUGCAGACGAUGAAGACGAAGGAGAAGGAGAAAGGCGAGACGAAGAAAAAGAAGAAAAAAGACAAAAAAGAAGACAAGGUUAAGAAAGGAGAGAAGGAGAGGACGGUGAGGUGGUCUGGUAGCAGCUUUGAAGCUGGUGCAUUGAGUGCGCAGGGCAGUCCGUUGCCUGCGCCCAUGGAGGGCUCCACGAAGACGCUCGGGAGGAAGAAGCAAAGUGUUCUAGGACUUGGAUUGCCGUCGACGAUGCGACUCACCGCUGUCCGUCCUGUAUCAUCGUCGUCGUCCGCAUCCGCGUUUGUGGACAGGCCUCAGGCUCCGUCGCGUUUGUCUGUUGAUUCCGCACAUCUAAUCAUGAACGCACAGGGCCGGCCGACGUCAAUAAUGUCCAAUGGCUCGUCUCUCCGGCCACCGUCCACGGCGUCGGGUGGAUCUAUGUUUUCGGAACGCACGGGGCGCUCGUCCUCGAGCUCAGUAGCGUCUGUGCGCUGGGACGAGGAAGGCCUGCGAUCUUCCAAGGAGCUGCAGAGGAAGGAACGUCGAAGCCGAGAAGAUGGCAAGACCGCUCGCGCUGGAAAAGACAGCAGACGGUCGUCGGAGGCGCGAAAGCGCACCGCGAUCUCUGAGAUCUUCCCUGAGACCCAGACUGCCCGGCCUGCGUCAUUGUCUCCACCUGCAUCGAUGAUUGAAGGCCCUAUUGUGCAUGUUGAAGAAGCAACAGCCGAUGGACAUUCGGAUGGUAGUGAGACGCAUUCGACGGAGACACCGGCCAAGCGUAACCGCCCUCGUCCUGUGUCCGAACAAAUGCUGGGCAGGACCAGGCCGCAACCAAUAUGUGAUGAUGCUGAUGGGUCGGGGGUGCUCUCUAUUCUUGAUGCAGCUACAAAUGAUCUUGCUUCUCUCAUUAAUCGGUUGGAUUUGGAAGCUACGCCGGGAAGUACUACUGCAUCACCCUUCCAGCGGUCUCCCAUUCACCGCGAUGCCGAGGAGAGCCCUCUCAAGAAGCGAGCGAUCGGCGACAGUCCUUUAAAGUUGGAGCUCCGGGGAAGUAUGGCAUCUAUUCAAUCGCUUCGUCCCUACGCUCAGGCGCAGCGAUCAGUCUCUGCUACCACUCAACAGCCCACUGAUCCCAAGCGCCUCAUUGGCCAGCAAAUUGCGCCUUGGUCCGAGCUCAAUUGGCAAGUGUCACCGAAGAAGGGGAGGACAAGCACCGUGGCAGAUCGUCCGACGCAUAAGCGCACGCUCACACCGACACCGACACUGGACCUUCCGUUCGUAUUUCAGCCGUUACGACCUGCGAAGGCGAAGGCGCCUCCAGUUGUUGCAACUUCUCCCCCUCUGCGUCUGUCUACCCCACCUGUUAACAACGGCGAUAACGCAGCCCCUUCAUCAGCGACGUUCGGGUCGAGGCCAUCCAAAGUUGGGUUGAAAAUAUCAACAGAUGAGAACGACGCUGCACCCUCGCCUACCCCCGUCUUCCGUAUCAGCACCAACAAGAGUCAAAAAAGUCUUCGUAAGUCUACCAAUCACGGUAUGCCUAUCCUGCCAGAAGCAAGGAAGGGUUUGGGUCUCACAGGCACUUUAGGCGGCCCUAUGUCUAGCGAGCCGCCGGUCGAUCCAGAAGACCCCGACUCCGACAUUCCUGAUGAGUUACAGGUGAUAUUGUCUGGCCAAUCUGACGAUGAUUGCACUCGCCGCUUGGAUGACACGCUUUCGUCUCGCCAUAGCUCGUCUCCCUCUUCCCCGAUCUCCCCUCUCGAAGUCUCGUUUCCUUAUCCUCUGCCUGAAGUCAUGGACUCUGUACCAUCAAUCCCAGCGCUGCAACUGUACGAUGAGGAAGCGAAUCAUGCGGAUAUCGACGAAGGUGCAAACGGUUCAUCCUCGGAGGACGAUACCAAGAAAUCUUUCGACUUCACUGGGGAGCUUCAGAAGCUCAACGAGUCUGGUGCGUCAGACAGGCGCAGCUUUGUGGAGCAGCUAGAGAAUGCAUUCCGUACGCCGGCAAGAGUCGAACUUGGCUAUGACUUGGGCGAACAACUUGGUCUCAACAGUGGUUUCCUCGCCGUGCCUCCUGUUCCCGCUCUUCCGGCGGUGCUACGACCCACCCCAUCGUCGGAAGUUGCACCACGAAGUGUAUCAAACUUUGCGGAGGGCAACACGUUCUACGAUAAUUCUAGCAACCCCAUGUAUAGAGACUCGUGCGUUUCUGAGGACAUGCCUUUUGCUCUGCACGAAAGUACAGAAGAAGACGAAUGCAGAAUAUAUCCCAUAUCAAAGAGAUCAGGAUCCAUGUGUUCCAAGGCGUCGGACGGGCAACUGAACGUCGACUUCAAGUUCGGUGGCAUUCCUCAGACUGUUGAAGAGGUCCAGGAGAAGCCGUUGACGCUGACUGACAUCAUUCCACCUCUGUUCCAUGCUCGUUCGACCUCACGGUCGUCCAUAAUCGAGGAGGACAGCUCGGUUCUCAAGUCGAUCCUGGCUAAAGCAGUUGAUGUCUCUCCUGUGGAUGUUCCUCCCGUUCCCCGCCGACGUGCCCUUUCAGAUUGCAGCUCCCGGCGCAGCACUCAUGGCCUCCCUGACGUCUCCUAUUCAAACGGGUCGCAUGGAAGCCACUCGAGGCGUUCGUCUGAGCUCAGUUUUGCGGGCUUGGAGUCUUUCGACGAGAUUAGGCGAGGUUUCGAAUUCGGGCCCAAUAGGCCUACGUUCUAUCCGCCGCCCGGUGCAAUCUCGCGACCCUCUCGACCCUCUCACUGGAGGGAACAGUCUAUGUUCAGCAUCGCGUCUGUCUCAUCCUAUGGUGAUGUCAUUAACUCUGGCUCAAUGGAUCCUUUUGGGUAUGGAGCUAGUCGGCCUCCUUCCGUAGACAUGUCUGUCUCGGUGUCCAUGUCUGUAGACGACACGUUUUCGUUCAUUCACAGAGGCCGUCGUCAACGGGUCGACAGUGACGCUUCGAGCUUCUACUUCAACGCUGCUAGCCAAAUGUCUCAUUCGAAUCGACGUGGUCACCGUCGGCUGGAGUCUGGAAUGUCGGUGGCUUCCAAUGCGCCGCCUGUGAGCCUGUAUAAUCGAAGCUUUGGCGCACACAGACGUAACGACUCUAAUACCAGUGCUAGCUCCAUGGCUCACUCCUAUGCAAUGUACGGUGCUCAUGGAGGACGUGCGGUAUGGGCUCGUCAUCGUCAGGAUCCUUCCAUUGACUCUACUUGGAGCGAAUAUUCUGCAUCACGGCUUGCGCGUCCCGGACUUGGAGAUAAAAUGUUCGACAACGAGCAUGGUGUACCACUCACAGCAAUCUCGGCUUCCCCUCCUGAAAGCGUCGUUGAUGAUCUCCGCAGUCGGGCCUCUUGGGAUUCUUUCAUUGACGACGGCAGACGUUCUUCAGUGAACGACUCCCUUUUUGAGAAGACCGAUUACCGAACUUCCAUGUCCUCGGAUUCAGUGUUCGGGUUCGAUGGGCCAUACUCACAAUAUGCCCAAGAGCUGCCUACCCGCCAAUUCCGACCUCUUUCUGUGAUGAGCGAGGCCAGCGCCCAUAGUCCCCGCAAGGAUGAUGACACUAUGAUUACAAUGUUGGACGGUGGACAUGUACGCCGCCUUUCUGUCAACUCUAUGAUCGGUGGCUCGCCUUGUGCAAGAGUAGGUAAGAUGAGGCGUCCUGUGGGUCAGCUCCCUCAGGCGGUUCUUCAAUUCCAGCAAGAGGAUGUCUCAUCUGUCGAUUCUCCGAAUAAGAGCAGACUGAUAGAGAAGCCAUCCAUAGCGUCAACAUCUUCUCAGCAAUUCGGUGGAGAACGCAUGAUCAUGGCACGCAAGGGUUUAUUGGAACGGCAGAGCCUCGAGGACAGUGCACUGAUUGCUCAUGGUGAGGAUCUCUUGGAGUCGCUACGUUCUCAAUCUAUAUUCUCGCGGCCUACACCAGCCUCUCGCUCUCGCUCAAGUACAGUGACCACGAGCUCGGGCGGGGAGACGCCCCCUCUUUCAAGCUCGGAUGGAUCAUCGCUGUCCAGCGGUUCUCAGUCCAGCAUCGACAUUGGGCACCUCAACACCCUCCUGCUUAAUACAACUUUCCCGAGUAGCGGUGUCGCUAGAGCUAGAGCAAGAGCUCGGGCGCGUGGGACGGGUCAUCGUCGUAGAAUCUCACAGGCUCGUGCUUCGCGAUCGUCUGUUUAUGAGACAAUCCAGGAAGAAUCGUCUGUCUCAGGCUCUCCCUCACCUGUGAAAGUCUUGAUGCCGGAGGCGUCAAAGCUCGCUGCGUCACCUCCCACUUGUGAUUCUGUGAUCAUUGUAGACGGCGACAGCGAGUCGAUCAUGGGUGACUGGGACAAUGAGCAUGGCAUUACGACCUUGCGCAGAUAUUAUACACUCCGCGACGAGGCGCACGAAACGGUCACUGAAAGUCAACGCAUCUGGGCAGAUACUCCAUUCUCGGUCUUUGCCGUUCAAUCGUUCCGUCCGCCUCGGAAUCGAGGAGGUAUGCAGGCGAUGUUGGAACAUUCACAGAAGAACUACGGUCCUCUGCCGUCCGAGCUUCGCCCUCAUCGUGUGCGAUCCCGCACGUCGUCAAGAGCGUCGCCGUAUCCCCUUUGCAGCGUCCGUGCGUCUAUGUCACCUGAUAAGCCAAGGUCAUCGCCCAUGGGAUGUGUUCCGUCACCACCAAGCGUGCAGUCCUCAGCGACAAUCCAGCCUGUACUUCGGGAGGUGUCCGUCAACGCCAAUACUGGUAACGUCUUGUCACCGCCGCCAGCUUUGGAUGCUAUCAAACCGUUCACUCCAUUUUCUGUGGACUUCGACGCGUCUAAGCACGGUAAGGCUAACGUUCAUCUGCCACCACUACCGCCGCUGCCCCCGCUUCCCAUACGCCCAAGGGUUACUUCAAGCGCUCGCAGAACCGCUCUCGGCUGGUCGAAACGCAGCACAGGAAAGUCUUCCUCUAGCGAUCAGAAAGAGAACAUCAGCCAAGGAAUGUUAAUCACCCCCUCUGAGACCCUUAGGAUCAAUCGCCCUCGUCCUCGUGGCCGACCAACCCCAGCUCGUGGCCUUGCCUCUGCACGAUAA